CCCGCGAAAGCACGUGUAUUUAUUUUCCAAGAUGGCUGCGCCCACAUUUAAGAAUCUUCAAUCCGGUGACUACGGAAAAAUACCGGCUAAUCAACAUCUGCCUCUUCAGGAACUGACUAAACCUCACAUUGAGUCAUUCAACUAUGUAAUCAGAGAAGGACUCUCCCUGGCUGUCAGGAACAUCUCUCCAGUCGAAUUUCAACUCGGGAAUGGAGACAGAAUAACUCUUGCUUUCAGGGAUGCCACCAUUGGUCUACCCAUGAUCUCCAAUCGUAACCGCUAUGCAGCAACAAUGAAAGUUUUUCCAUCUGAGUGCAGACAGCGAGGGACCACCUAUCGGGCCAAGCUGCAGGCAGGGAUAGUUUGGAAAAACAGCAGAGGUGGCCAGGGAGGAAAGGAUAUAGUGAUUGGUGAAGUGCCCAUCAUGGUCAAGUCUGACAAUUGCAACCUAAGAAAGCUGGCCCCAUCUCAGCUGGUUCGUCAUCAUGAGGAGGCGGAGGAAAUGGGUGGAUACUUCAUCGUCAACGGCAUUGAGCGAGUCAUCCGGAUGCUGGUCAUGCCAAGGAGACACUAUCCAAUGGCCAUCAGUAGACCAAAGUGGAAGACAAGAGGUCGAGCGUUCACUGAGUAUGGUGUCACCAUGAGAUGCGUUAAGAAUGACCAGACUUCUUCAAAUUUAAUCCUGCACUAUAUGAACAAUGGAACUAUUGUUCUGAGCUUUACGUGCCAGAAGGAGAUGUUUUUCAUCUCGUUGGUCAUGGUUCUUAAGGCCCUUGUAGAUACCACAGACCAACACAUCUACAAUGAGAUGCUGAAAGGAAUAGAGCAAGACACCUUCCUAAUCGGUUGUGUGACUGAGAUGCUCCGUCAAGCCCAAUCUCAGGACCUGACUACACAUCACAGCAUCCUGAGUUUCAUUGGUGAGCAGUUCCGAGUCAAGCUGGGACUCCCCGACUGGUACUCGGCAGAUGAGGUUGCCCGGUUCCUCCUCCGUCAGCACAUCUGCAUCCACCUGGACUCCAACAUUGAUAAAUUUAACACUCUCAUCUUGAUGGCAAGGAAACUGUUCUCCUUUGCUCGAGGACAGUGUUCGGCAGAUAAUGCAGACAGCCCCAUGAAUCAAGAAGUCUUACUUGCUGGACAUCUCUACCAAAUGGUCUUGAAGGAAAAAAUGGAGUCGUGGCUACAGAAUGUAAAGUUGACUAUCCUAAAGAAAGCAAACAACUCAGCUAGCAACUUUAUUCUGACUAAAGCCAACCUGGAUAACGUUCUGAAAACUGUUAGUGAUCUCACACGGCCAAUGGAAUAUCUUCUGGCCACAGGGAACUUGGUUUCCAAGACAGGACUUGGACUCAUGCAGACCUCGGGACUGACGGUCGUUGCUGACAAACUCAACUUCAUGCGCUUUCUGUCUCACUUCCGCUGCAUCCAUCGAGGCUCAUUCUUCUCCGAGAUGAGAACUACAUCAGUCAGGAAACUCCUUCCCGAGGCUUGGGGGUUCCUGUGCCCUGUUCACACCCCUGACGGCGCACCGUGCGGUCUCAUGAACCACCUAGCUGCUAGCUGUCAGGUGACCAACACUCAGCCAAUGACAACGCACCUGCCCCGCCUACUCAGCUCUCUUGGCAUGGCCCCGUUGGAUGGUCCACCUCCUACUUCAGUUGUAGACUGCUAUGAGGUUGUCAUGGAUGGGCGUGUCUUAGGAUUGGUUGCCAAGGAUGUGGCUCCUGAACUAACUGACAGAUUGAGGACACUAAAGGCAAAAGAACAAAAAGGGAUACCAGCAACACUUGAAGUUGUCUUAGUUCCCAUGACGAAACAUGCCAGCCAAUACCCAGGCCUCUUCUUGUUCACAACGCCCGCACGACUCAUGCGACCGGUCUUCAAUCUAGCAACCCAAUCAACGCAUCUGAUUGGCACCUUGGAACAGGUGUACCUGAACAUCGCAGUCACACCAAAGGAAAUACAUGAAGGGGAGACAACCCACAUGGAGUUGAGUGAAUCUGGCAUUCUGAGUGCAGUCGCCAGCUUGACGCCAUUUUCCGAUUUCAAUCAGAGUCCACGUAACAUGUACCAGUGCCAGAUGGGCAAACAGACCAUGGGUGUCCCAUGCCACACUCUGCAAUAUCGCAAUGACCACAAGAUGUACCGUCUACAGACCCCGCAGUCACCUGUUGUCAGACCUCACGCCUACGACCAUUAUAACUUUGAUGAAUACCCACUGGGGACUAACGCCGUUGUUGCUGUCAUCUCUUACACGGGUUACGACAUGGAAGAUGCCAUGAUACUCAACAAGUCAUCCGUGGAGAGAGGGUUCUGCCACGGAACUAUCUACAAGACCGAAGAAAUUGACCUCAAGAAAAAGAGCCGUGGCUCAACUAAGUAUCAGGUCACGCUCACGUUUGGUUGUGAUGUCCAGGACCCUAGAGCAAAAGGAAUGCUAGAUGUUGAUGGGUUUCCACCCAUAGGUACUGUGAUAAAUCCUGGAGAUCCCUUCUACAGUUUUUUAGAUUUGGAGACUCGUCAGUACAGGGUGGAGCGAUACAGUGGUAUGGAGACCGGUGUGGUUGACAAUGUUAAACUCACAGGGAAUGAUGAUGGGAACCAGGAAUGUCAGAAGGCUUACAUACAGCUCCGGAUACAGAGGAACCCAAUCAUCGGGGACAAGUUUUCCAGUCGGCAUGGACAGAAAGGGAUCUGUAGUCAGCGAUGGCCGGCGGAGAACAUGCCAUUCACAGAGAGCGGAAUGACUCCUGAUAUCAUCUUCAAUCCACAUGGCUUUCCUUCCAGAAUGACCAUCGGCAUGAUGAUUGAGAGCAUGGCAGGCAAGUCAAGCUGCCUUCAUGGUCUCUGCCACGAUGCUACGCCGUUCACAUUCUCUGAAGACCAACCCGCUGUAGAUUACUUUGGAAGACUGUUGUGCGCAGCUGGGUAUAAUUACCAUGGUACAGAAAGAAUGUACAGUGGAGUGACAGGGGUGGAGCUAGAGGCAGAUAUCUUUGUGGGCGUCGUGUACUACCAGCGACUGAGGCACAUGGUGUCUGACAAGUUUCAAGUGCGUUCCACCGGACCCAUAGAUGUCCUAACUCACCAGCCAAUCAAAGGAAGGAAACGUGCCGGAGGUAUCCGCUUUGGUGAGAUGGAACGAGACUCCCUCCUUGCACAUGGAACAUCCUUCUUGCUCCAAGACAGACUACUCAACUGCUCUGAUAAGAGUAUGAGCCAUGUGUGUACAAAGUGCGGCACCAUCUUAGGCAUAAAUCUUGACAAGCGCAGUGCACAGCAUGACGACGACGGCAUUAAUAGCGCCCUCUUUGGCUCCAACCAGAAAUGGACCUGUAGCACGUGUCGGUCAGUUGAUCACAUUGAUGUUAUCACGAUACCAUAUGUCUUCAAAUACUUGGUAGCUGAGCUGUCGGCCAUGAAUGUGAAAGUCAGACUGGACGUCAAGUGAAGGCCUGCCUAACUGGACAAAAAUCAUGGAGCAACUGCACAGCAUAGUUGCGUCAUCUGUGCCAUGUUUUACCCACAUUUUGCAUGGGGUCAAUCUAUUUACUCUCUUCAUGGGUUACAUGGAUCAUCAUGUUCUGCCCAAAUUUGGAAUCUCCCAUGUCACAGUAUUCCAUAUCUUCUUAAUAUUGCUUGAAGUAUCCCACGCCAAUCACUGAAUAAUAGUUCAUUCUCUAAUAUAUUUUGACUCAGCAGAUAUAGUUUGCUACCUGUUUGUUUUUGAACAUGUAA